AUGUCGGAACAAACGCAGUUCACAGGGGCCCCAUUUUCUUCCUCCCGCCCCGCUACGAGUAUGUCGCGCCCGUGGACCGCUCAAUCACGGCCAGCGACCGGUCGUCCUCAGACGGCUGCAUCCUCGCGCCAUGAAGCAAGCUACGUAGUAGCUGUACUUGAGGGUCGAGGUGUGGCUCGGGAAGUCGGUAUCGCCGCUCUUGAGAAAGAUACGGGUCGAGUGUCGUUGAUUCAACUCGCAGAUAGCCCCACCUAUAUCAAGACCUUGCAUCAACUGCACUUGCAUUCACCAUCUCUCAUACUUGUCCCCGAUACCUUCUUGGCCAUGUCGGACGUCUCGCUGGCUUCAGGUGGGAAGAAGCCAUGCACGACGUCUGUCCUUGUGCAAUGCAUGAUGGAAGAGUUCGACGUGCCAAUUGAACCUGUUAUGAGGAAGUAUUGGAACGAGACUGCUGGUCUUGACUUCAUCACCCAACUCACUGUGGAGGAUGACGAAAAGGCUGCUACGAUCCUUACGGCUUCUACAAAGUACUACGCGCUCUCUGCAGCCAGUGCACUGUUCAAGCACGCCGAAUCAAGACUCAACAUCCGCUUUGCUUCGGCCUCCUUGCUCAUCCGCUUUGGGAAAGCAGACGGAACGAUGAUGAUCGACCCGGAGACAUCUCGGAAUCUAGAACUUGUCGGCAAUAUGUCCAGCAAGAAAUCGACACACUCCCUCUUCGGACUGAUGAAUCAUACGUACACGGCAAUGGGGGCUCGAUUACUCCGAGUCAACCUUCUUGCCCCUAUCACCGUCCAAGGGUCGAUCGAGGCUCGUCUGGAUGCUGUAGAAGAAUUGGUACAGAAUGAAGAUCGCUUCAACGAGGUCAAAAACGGUCUGAAGGCUUUGAACAAGAUGGAUUUUGACAAGCUUAUUUGCUCGCUCGCCGCAUCCGAAGCUCGCGAAAGCAACACCGCAAAACCGGCAGCCGUUCGCGUAUCACAGAUGUUGAGUUUGCGGAACAUGGUGAAGACUAUGCCUAUUUUAUCCCGGGCUUUGGGUGGGUGCCGUUCUCAGCUAUUGAUUAUCAUUGCGGAGAUGGUAUCAGAUGAACGGCUUGCAAAGAUUGAGAAGCUUGUGACAGACAGCUUGAACGAGGCAGCCACUCCAGCAAAGGCUGGCCUCGGGGCACUGAAUGCCCGCGUCUACGCAGUGAAGGCAAAUUGCAACCGUCUGCUAGACGUCGCCCGAGAAACGUACAAAGAGAAUUUGGGAGACAUCUUCACCCUGAACCGGGACCUAUCAGAGCGUCACAACCUUCCACUGAGUCUAGUCUAUCAGGACACUGGGUUUGUCUUCGCACUGAAGAAGAAUGAGCUCGAGGGAGAGUUGCCAAAGGGCUUUGUCAAUGUGACCAUGCAGAAGGGACGGUGGCUUUUCUCAAGCAUUGAGCUGGCGACUGUUGUCACCUCAUUGUCACAGAAGAAACGAAACGCAAGAAUGAAGGACGCUUUGGAUGAGUCAUUGAUCUUGAGCAAUAAGAUCAUACAAGACUUGGCUACAGAAAUAGUGACAGACAUCGGCGCUCUAUACAAGGCUUCGGAGGCUGUCGCCAUUCUAGACAUGCUCUGGUCUUUCGCACAUAUAUCCAUCCUGCGAAAUUACGUACGACCCGAGUUUACCGGUACCUUGGCAAUAAAGGCAGGUCGCCAUCCCAUCCUGGAGACAGUCCAGUCCGCUGGAACGCUCGUGCCGAAUGAUGUAUACUGCUCCGACGCAGCGUCGUUCCAGAUUGUACAAGGGCCGAAGUCAAGUACGUAUCUGCGCCAGAUCGGUUUGUUGACCGUCAUGGCGAUGUGCGGAUGCUUCGUCCCUGCGGAAUACGGGAGCUUCCGGCUUCAUGAUGCGCUGUUGACGCGUCUUUCUAACGACGAUGACAUGGAGAAGAGUCUAAGCACAUUCGCCAAUGAAAUGGCGUCUUGCGCGAUGAUCCUUGGGACUGCUACGGCGGACUCUCUCGUGUUGAUGGAUGAAGUCGGUCGCGGCACCUCCCCGAGAGAAGGAAUGGGUGUUGCCCAUGCAAUCGCUGAGGAGCUCAUCAGAAUGAAUUCUUAUGUUUUCUUCGCAACACAUUUUACAGACCUGACAGUCACAUUGUCGCAUAAACCUUCGGUUGUUAAUCUGCAUCUCGCUGUCCAGCGAACCCGUAGGUCAAAAGCGAAUGUUGGCCUCACGUUUCAAUACAAAAUCGUGGACGGUACAUCGGAUGACAUCAAGCACUACGGCCUGGAACUCGCUAGGCUGGCUGACCUUCCAGACGAUGUCCUCGAUGAAGGCAGGCGAAUCGCUGAAGGCUUACAAGAUCUUCAAGAGCGACAGGAACAAGGCAGUCAAACCAACAAGGUCGCUAUACGACGCAAAGCUCUCUUGAGGCUUCGGACGCAACUGACGCAAGCUUUCCAACAUUCGACCCUUCCGGACGAGGAGCUCGCAGCGUAUCUUGGCAGAAUUCAAAAAGACAUUACUCAAGUCCUGAGGGCUACAUUGUGA